CCGGCUUUUACUCGGUCCGAGAAUCAGCAGAUCACACCAGCCCGUCGAGCCAGGAGAAAUACAGCAUUUUUCAUUUCCAGCACUCUGGUCUAAUGGGAACACUCUUUGUAAAUGCGUUUUAAGAAUUCUUGCUUGAGAGAAGUACACACCGGCCCUGGCCUUGAGGCUUAUCUGAAAGGUUUCAACUUCACUGGUGAACCUCCUUGGCUGUCUGACAUCUGUUAGCCACGUUUCAAUCCCAUCUCUUCCAUUCGUCUGUUUCUUUUGCAAUCAAAUCUUGAACAAACACUAUGACGGCUUGCACCGGAUCAGACUUUGACUUCGCCUUCCUGGAGGAGGGAUUCUGUGCGCGCGAUAUCGUGGAGCAGAAGAUCAAUGAGUCCUCGCUCUCAGAUGAUAAAGAUGCCUUCUAUGUGGCGGAUCUGGGGGAUGUCCUGAAGAAGCACCUCCGCUGGCUGCGUGUUUUGCCCCGCAUCACGCCGUUUUACGCAGUGAAGUGCAACGAUAGCAGGGCGGUGGUCACCACACUGGCGUCUCUGGGAGCCGGGUUCGACUGUGCCAGCAAAACGGAGAUCCAGAUCGUGCAGUCAGUGGGUGUGGAUCCCAGCAGGAUCAUCUACGCCAACCCGUGCAAGCAGGUUUCGCAGAUCAAAUACGCCUCGGCUCACGGCGUGCAGAUGAUGACGUUCGACAGCGAGGUGGAGCUCAUGAAGGUGGCCCGUAGCCACGAAAAUGCCAAGCUGGUUCUCCGCAUCGCCACAGACGACUCGAAGGCUGUUUGCAGGCUGAGUGUGAAGUUUGGAGCGACGCUGAAGAGCAGCCGGCUGCUGCUGGAGAGAGCAAAAGAGCUCGGGCUGGACGUGAUCGGGGUCAGUUUCCAUGUGGGCAGCGGCUGUACGGACCCGGAAACAUACAGCCAGGCCAUCUCAGAUGCUCGCUAUGUUUUCGACAUUGGGGCGGAGCUGGGCUAUAACAUGAGCCUGCUGGACAUCGGCGGAGGAUUUCCAGGCUCUGAGGACACCAAACUCAAGUUUGAAGAGAUUGCUGCUGUUAUUAACCCUGCGCUGGAUAAAUACUUCCCUGUGGACUCUGGCGUGAGGAUCAUCGCUGAACCCGGCCGUUAUUAUGUAGCAUCUGCUUACACACUGGCGGUCAACAUCAUCGCCAAAAAGGUCAUCAUGAAGGAGCAGUCAGCCUCCGAUGAAGAAGAGGAUGUGUCCAAUGACCGAACCCUGAUGUACUACGUGAAUGACGGCGUUUAUGGCUCCUUCAACUGCAUCCUGUAUGAUCAUGCGCACGUGUUGCCAACUCUGCACAAGAAACCCAAGCCCGAUGAGCGCAUGUACCCCUGCAGUAUCUGGGGCCCGACCUGCGACGGUCUGGACCGCAUUGUGGAGCAGUGCAGCCUGCCGGACAUGCAGGUGGGCGACUGGCUGCUGUUCGAGAACAUGGGCGCCUACACCGUCGCCGCAUCCUCCACCUUCAAUGGCUUCCAGAAACCCGAUAUUUAUUACAUCAUGUCCCGAACAGCCUGGCAGUGCAUGCAGCAGAUUCGUGCCCAGGGGAUUCCUGCACUUCCAUUGGAGGAGCCGAGCGCUGGAAACGUGCCAUCCCACUGCGGGCGCGAGAGCAGUCUGGAUGUUCCCGCCAAACCCUGCCCGACUCAAGUGCUGUAGCAGAAGACGCUCAACCAAACCUGCUCUCGGGUCCAGCUAAUGCAGAUCUGUGUUACUGAUCUCCAACUUCUGAUCUAAACGCCUCAGAGCUGAGGAGAAAACAAACGCACAGUCCAAUUCUUAUUUCCUGUUAUCUUUGUUUUAACUGGUUUUUGUUGAUUGUCUGUAUUUGUAUUUCGAGGCCAGAUGCUUGAGCGAGGACUUCUUCCUCUUCCUCAGUGACCAUUUCCAUUUUAUACUUGAUUAGUAACUUAAUUUUUUAAUAUUGAGUUGAAGUCUUUGUAUUAUAAUUAUUCAGAGCUGAGCUUGUAUGCCACUGGUGCAUUUGAAACGGACGUGAAAGAGAUGGGAUUGCAUCUAUUAUGCUUUCCUAUGGAAACUGCUUUUUGUUUUUUUUAAGUAUUACGUUUUUUUGUAUUUUUAUAUAAAUAAAGAUGCUGUAAAAUGG